AUGGAUGAUGCGACACAAUUUACAUCCUGCGCUUCUAGUCGCAUUCAGUGCUAUCUGUGUGAUCUACCCCGCUAUCCGUGGGCCAUGCUGUCGGAAUUUUCGGAACCCGUAUGCCGAGGUUGUGUGAAUUACGAAGGCGCCGACCGAAUCGAAUGCGUCAUCGGACGUGCACGCUUGAUGAAAAUACAUCUCUUACCACAGCUGUUUUCCUCGAGGUUUCUGAUGGAACGUUUCGAGGGGCUGGCAAGCCAACAGCAUCAGCUGCUAAAUGGGAAGCCUGUGGAAAAUGAAGAAGACGGUUAUCGAAUCCCGUCAGCAGAGUCUGAGACUGGAACGGUGCGAAACCCAGUCCGGCUGAAGGCAUUUAAAUCUACUUCAUUGAGUGCGCCACGAGCGACUGCUUUUGACCAUUCUGCUAUCCAAAGAGCAGAGAGACGAACGUCUGUAGUUGAUCCAAAUGCAGUACAAGGUCAGUUCACCACUCAACCAUUUGGUUGUUUUCCGGAGAGUGUACUACGGUCCUUGUCGCUGCCUACGCAGAAUAAUUAUAAUCUGCUGGAACAAACGAAAGUGCCGCGUCCAUCGGAGCACGAUCGGCCAACCAGUUCACGAGCCAUGUCAGUCAGUGAUCCCAGGUUGAAAAAUACACGUGCGAAUUUGCCAAAGUCUUCUGAUCCGCACAACAGUGAUCCUAUUGGAAGUUCGAUGGAGCCACAUGCAGAUUUGACGACAGUCUCCACGGGAGAGGAACAAUCCGCGAGAUCUAAUAAACCAGAAGAAACAUUGCUAAAUAAAUAUGCACCAUUGAGGCUAGUUCAGACGGAGACAAAGGAUGCUACGAAUCUAAGUACCAGCGCACCCCUGAACGGUGUAAUAGUUAGUCCGACCCAGACGUCCCAACAAUCCGGCACACAACUUUUUCGGGAUUCCUGGGACGUACCGGAUACAACAGCGAGUUUAUCAACAGCGUCUACCCUUCCUACUUGGAACGGAAAUUUACUAACUGCGUAUUUGAAUCUUCUCAGUGGAAUAUUCCACUCUCCGUACGCCUUGAAUGCAGAACGCAGCCUGACAAAUAAUCUGAUGCAGUCAAAGUUGUGCAGCUUUAUUGCAAGUUCGUCCAGCCCACCGACAUCCGAUGCAUCCUUGAAGCUGCCCAUACGUGUCCGUUUACGCAACCAGCCUCAAGUUCAAGCCGCACUUCUCGGACUAUCAAACAUAACAGAGGAUACUGAUGGAAGUAACGUUGCGGCAAAUACUGUUUAUUUCGAAUUUCCCAUUGGAUCACACCACAUUUUCACGGGAGUUCCCGAACUUUUACGUCAAAUGGAUGGUGCAUUAAGAGAUACGACAGAUCGUGAUAUCAAGCUGGCUAUUGAAACUUUGGAAUACGAAGUUCCGAGGGGAAGUCCUACAACCUGGGCUCCUUUAAAUGACCUCAUGCAUGCUCUUGAUGAGCUCAUAGGGCAACAACAACCGCAUAACACGAACCCGAACAACAAGAUUUCUUCCACGUUUGUUAGCAACCUUGGCAACGAGUUUGUCUCAGCUGCGAAAUCAUGUUGCACUGGUGAAUCAGAGACUACGAUCCGGUCUGCACUGUCUGAACAAGUGGAAACUGAUAUGUUUCGGAAGCGUCCCAUUUUCUCAAUGGAUUCCUCUAUUUUACCCGAUUCAGUAGCGUCCAAACAACCGCGGCUACAAAAUGUUGACGAAACGAUGCUCUUUAAGAGCAGCUUACUUGGAUUACACCAAGCCUUUUUCCCUAACAUGCAUGCGAACACAAGGACCCGACUGCCAUCUGGAACACGUUCUCAAACAAAGUUUGUUUCAUGUAGUCUGUGCCCUCGUCAUUUGGAAGGAAGUCAUUUUGUUCAGUGUCCGGCCAAUCCCGAGCAUCGGUUCUGCUUUCAGUGCGCCCGGAAUUACGUCGAACGUGCCAUGCGUGCAGCUCAAUCAAGCCCAGAAGAAAUCAAUUCUGCACUUAGACAACAACGAAAUGUCGAAAUCUACUGCCCAAGUGGGAAGCUCUGUGUUCUACCCGGAUCAAAGCACCCUUGGGCUUUUGUCGCUUCUGAGAUUGCAGCAAUUAUCGGCAAAACACAAUUGCCGGAACCACAGCUAAGAGAUACACCGGUAACAUCCACCUAUGGACCGAGUGGCACGAGAUCACACAAGGACAUCGUAACAAAUAAGAACAACUCGGCCCAGACUUCACCAAGUUCUAAAGAGACAAGCGAUGAAACCUUAUCUUCCCAAAAGAACCCUCCAACACCCCCGACAAAACAACUGUCCAAAAGCGUCAAAACUUUGCCACCUGCAAAUAAAACGGAUCUUUUAGUCACUUCCAAAACGCGACCUUCCAAAGUUAUUCCAAAACUCUCCUCUACCGAUGAAGUUAAACCCAUUUUGGGAAAAUCAAUGCCUCAUGAAGAGAACACUUCUCCCGAAACGCAGACCACAGGCGUUAGCGGUUCACGAGAAACUACUCCAAUAGGAUUAGAAGUCUGA